AUGGCCAAUCUGCUACCCUGUCAUAUUCAGUCAUAUAAUCAUUCACUUCUCAAAUCAAAUUCAAAUGUCACUCAGUCAUCAAGAAUUCACCUGACAAGAGACAAUGGAUUAUAUGCAAAACAAGAAUCAAUUUACCCGAUUGGGUGUAUAUAUUUCCAGCUAGAAUUCCCGUCAGCAAAAUAUUCCCAAUCACCUCUACCCCAAUCAACACAAAAUGAAGUGCAUCUUCCUCCUCAUCUGCCUAACCGUCCUCAUCAGUCAAACGCAAGGCUUGAUUCUCGAUAA